GCGCCUGUUCGUGGUGGUGUGGGUGCGUUGCCGAGUCAGUGAGCGAAGAAAAGUAGCGUUUACCGCGCUCGUAUCGUGUGGAUGUUUGUCUAAACAAGUGUUGCGGUGCAGCUUAUGUGUCAGUGUAGCUGAAGAAAACAAGCAUUUGAUAUUGGCCCAGCUGUAGAGUAGCUAUGAAUAUAAUGACAAAAAAGAAGAAGUACAAAUUUCAGGUGGAUCUUGAAGUAGAGGAAUUGACUUCAGUUUCCUUUGUGAGUGCUGUGCUAUUCUGCAAGGUGCACCUAUUGGAUGGAGGCAAAUUUAUGGACUGCUCAUCAAGGGAGGAGGUGCGUGAUCACACGGUGAAGUGGAACGCCAAGAUGUCGUUCUGCGCCAAGAUGACGGCGCCGACGAGCACUGGCGUGCUGGACUCCUGCCUCUGUCGAGUGUCCGUUAGGAAGGAGGCCAAGGGCGGCCGCUCGUACCAGAAGCUGGGCUUCGCCGACAUCGAGCUGGCCGAGUUCGCCGGCGGCGUGGGCCAGUGCCGGCGCUACCUGCUGCAGGGCUACGACCUGCGCCACCGCCAGGACAACUCCACGCUCAAGGUGGUGCUGUCCACCACCCUGCUCAGCGGCGACCCCUGCUUCCGCACGCCCACGCCCCGGUCCGCGCACCUCCCGUGUGAUGGCGGCGACCUGAUGGCCGAGGCGUCGACACCGGGGGAGUCAAGCCGAGUCACACCCACCGACCCGACCGCCGCCCGAGGCGAUGGUCCGGCGUCGGAGCUGGAGUGCUUGUCAAGCUCGCGGGAGGCCGGGCCGCCCGGCCACUCGCGCAACUCCAGCAGCCAGUCGGGCUACGGCAGCCUGGCGUCCCAGCCGUCCCACAGCCGACAGAGCAGCAGCUCCGAGCUGGGGCACCUCAGGACGGCCAGCAGCGGCUCGGCCUUCUCCGACUACAGCUCAAUGGAGCGGCCGCCGACCAGCGAGCGGCGCAAGAAGGAGGUGCCCGCCAGCUCGCGGUUCGACGCCACGCGGGUCGACCCCGAGGACGUCAUCAACGACCUGCUGCAGAACACAGACCUGAACACGGACCACACCGAGGCCACCGGCCUGCAGCUGUUCGUGGCCCGGGACGGCAGUACAUCACUGAGCCCAGGCGGCCGCGCUGCCGCCGCCUUCCAGCCGGUAGUCAUCAGCAGGAGAUAGUCGGUGGUGCGCGCUGUCGCCGGCCUAGUCUGGUGAAGAUGCGGGCGGCAGGCGUGCCGCCGUUGGCCAGCCGCCGGCGGCCCA